GUGGGGGUGGUCUCCCUGGUUGCUAAGGGCAACAGGGUGAGAUAGAUGGAGCCGCAGCUGCUCGUCUGUUAAUACCAGCGCUCGACCCUCACGUCCCCGCGCGCGCAAUUCUCCACACACACUCUCUCACACACACACUGAUCUCUCUUCAGUCAAGGCAUGAGGAUGCGAGCGGGGAUUUAGUUUCAGUGUCUUUUCCAGUCUGCAGCAGAUUAUUACCUUUCCUCCAGCACACGGGACGGAUUUACACACGAGAAACAAGCUUUGAGGUCCAUCUUCUCCACACGGAAUAUGAUGCAGAAUUGCCUAAUUCUUAUGGAAAUAAGUUGGAUAGGAUCACUCUCAGAGCUGGUGGCUGAUCAUCAAUGAACUAAUUUCCAAAAAGAACACAAGGAAAUAAGUGUUUUUCAGCGAGAAAUACCUGAUAGUUGGAGUUUUUGUUUUUGGAUAUGGCGGCAACUGAGGCUACUGCAGAGCCUGUCCAAGCAGACAUUGUCGAGAAUAAAGCUGAGGUGGAAACCACAAAGCCAGACCCGGCUUCAACAGAGGAAGCCCCAGCUUCAAUAGAGGAAUCACAGCCUACUACUGAGGCACCGCCAAGCACAGAGCAACCAGCUGAUAGCAAAUCCAAGCCAGCCUCUGAAAAAAUAUGGGACUCUUUUUUAAAUAAAAGUGGGCUUGGAAAAGUAAUGGGAGGGAAGAAGAAGAAGGAGCAGCAUACAGAAGCUGAGGAUACUACUGGUGAGGAGCAGGAUAAGGUCUCCAGUCAGAAUGAUGAAGGGGACACUGCAGGCCCUAAGGAACAGGAAUCUAGUCAGCCAGCAGAAGCUAACGAGGAUGGAUCUGAUGGGCAGACUAUUGAAAAAGCACCAGAAAAUGAGGAGGCUUCCCAAGAGCAAAAGGCAUCUGGUGCCAAGCCAAAGCAAGGAGAGAAGUCCAGUGUCAGAGACUUCAUCCGCAAGCCUGUUGCUAAAAUUUUCUCACACAAAGGCACAGACAAAAAGGAUGGCACAGGGGCACUCCAAAAACAUGGGAAGGUUCGAUCAAAAUCACUAGAUAGACUAGAGGAUGCUGAUGCCAGCGCAACUGUGGCAGACCAAGCAGAGGAGCCUCCGACUGCAGAUGAGCCAGACAAGUCUAACCCUCAAACAACGAAAAACAUGAAACGCUGGCACUCUUUUAAGAAACUUAUGGCUCAAAAAAGUCACAAGAAAAGCACAGAUGAGUCCAAGGAUGCUGAGGGGGCAGAGGGAACAAGUGCAGAUGGAGCAGGAGACACUGGGACACUGGAUUCCACAACAAAGUCAGAGCAAUCUGGGCAAAAAAGGUGGAAAUUGAAGAGAUCUUGGACAUUCCAAGGUCUGAAGAGAGAUACAUCAGUGGUUGGAAUCCACAAACCAAAGGACAAAGACUCUUCAGAUGUAAAAGAAGAAAACGACCCAGAGCAGAACAGGGGACGGAAGAUGUAAAGGUAGCCAGUGACGUAGAAACACAGGAGAAGACUAAUGCUGAUGGUGAUGAGGAGAAAGGAGCAACUGCUACUACACAGCAUGCAAAAUCUGUGGACCAGCAUGCAAAUGAGAUCUGGACCUCUUUCAAAAAAC